CACGAGUUCCUUGGAUACCUACCGAGGCAUCGAAUCUACAGCUCCCAUACCUCCCACCUCUCCUCGUCACCAUCUGAAGGCUCGCGCUUAAUCUCCGCCAUGUCUACCGCCGUCUGGCCGCCCAUAGACCUCGAUACUCUUCUCCAGGAACAGGCUACCUCUCAAGCUCGUGAGCUCGAAUGGCUCCUCGCCGAACUUCGCGAAACACUCCAAUCCCUGAAAUCCGGCCUGGAUGAAUGUGCUACUCUACUCGCGCCCUCUGAGAACGGCUCUACCUUGGUCCUCACUUCUGUGCGUUCGGAAAGUCUCAAGGGUCUGGUUACACGCGUUGGCACUCGCAUCGUGAAGGGCAACAUCAAGCUUCGCCUGUCAACUCUCCCACCUCCUCGAGGAUCGACCACCUACGACCUCACGAUAUCCUCCCAGCCUCAAGCUCCGACCCUAGUUAUCCAGCAAUUGACCGCGGUCAGAACCUUCAUCAAUACUUGUCUAGAUGUCAUAGACGUCACCCUAUGGACAGGGGAUGCAAAGAAUGCCAAUUUCGUUUCUGGCCAGCUUCAACUGUUGCAUGAUAACAUCCAGGAAGCAAGGAACGCGCUCAGGGGAUAUUCAGACGUUCAGCAGCCCUGGUGGGAACAACCGGCGGAUGAGCAGAUCUUCGACCCGCCCUUGCCUCCCAACGUUUCUUUCAACCUUUUCGUGUUCGAUGCAGCGCUUCUGUUAGAGAUUCGGACUCUCGAAGUCCAGAAUCCCGACGAGAUCCAUUCUGGGUUCAGCCUACGAGAUAGACUGGCUGUAGCCUUGGGAGGCGCACGACUACCUGUUCACGAUGAAGCCGACCGGACGUUCAAGUAUAGAGGCCAAGAGGUGCGCGUGAAAGAGAAGAUCAGAAUCGAGAGCCAGGACCCCUCUCUGAUAUCAGCCAUGUCCAAACUGAAUGCUCUCGAACACACGAUCUUGCUUAGCCGAAAGGCACUCAAUAUCGUCAUGGGUCAGGAAGAUUAAAAUAAUGCCCAACAACAUUCUACAUCUCCGCUGCAUUUCUUGUUAUCAGCAGGAUCAGCAACAUCAUGAUCAGGACCAGGAUAGGAUCUAGAUUAUGGGCCAGAGGGGUAGUGUGAUUUAUUACUCUAUGUUUUUUGCAUGGAGCUCGGCCUACCAAUCAAAAGCCGCGGCAACAACAAAGGAGAGGUUCAUCUCCACGGAGUCCCAAGCCGAGCCAGCGACGCCAGGCGAACCAUCAGAGGUGAGUUCUGGCUUCUCCGAGGGUCGCCGCACUCUACCC